UCCAUCACAGCAUCGCGCAACGCGACAAGUCAACAUUUAGACGAUGUCGCAGUAUCCACGCAGAGCCUCCCGGUUUUAGCUUGCCUAUCCUAUAUUAGUUUCGGACCAGAUCUGCGGCGCUCCAGGAAGCAAUGGAGGUCGUCAAGGCGGCCAGCUCGCUCAUGGUUCCCAAGAAGUUCCGGAGUGUGAGGGAAAAGAAUGGCGGCCAUCGUCGCAACAGGUCCUCCGAGUCCGGCGCCAAGGCACGGCCCCUGACCGCCGACUCGUGGCUCUCCAUCUUCAAACCCGACUCCGCGAAGCAGGCCCAGAAGGAGAAGGAAGAAGAGGAGAAGGAGGCGGCAAAGGUCGAAGCCAUAGCCAAGAGGCUCACAGAGCUCAACUACCACGAAAUCUCCAAGGACAUCAUCCGAGUUGCCCUCCGCUCCAACUUCGCCGCCGGCGACACCGACAAAGCGGUCGAGCUUCUUCAACUCCAGCAACAAGCCUUCUCGGGAAUAAUCCAACCCUAUGACCCGAACGUGGAGAUGCUCGGCGCCGAAAACAGGGGGAACGUUACCUGCUAUCUGGAUUCAUUACUGUUUGCUAUGUUCGCCCAUCUCACAGCUUUCGAGUCGAUGCUGCAGAAUGACUUGGAAAGUGAGCCUCAGAGGAAGUUGGCCGCUUUGCUCAGACUAUGGGUGAACAUGCUCAGGAGUGGGAAGCUGAUCCACACUGAUAUGAUGGAACAUAUACAGCAGGCCCUAGCCGAUUGUGGCUGGAAAGAGGCCGCGCUCCUUGAGCAGCAGGACACGUCCGAAGCUUUUGCCUUUAUCGCUGACGCAUUGCAGCUGCCGCUGCUCGCCCUCCAAGUCGAUCUCUUCCACCAAGGCAAGGGAGACGCCGACGACCACAAGGUCGUCCACGAGAGGUGUCUGAACCUCGCUGUGCCUCCCGACCCCGAUGGGAAGGGGAUCAAGCUUGAGGAUUGCUUGGAAGAGUACUUUAACAACAAGGUCGAUGUUCUCCGGGACAGUGUGGAGGAAAAGACGCCUGUCGACAGGCCGACCCUAAGCCCUUCCAGCACAAUUCGACUCGUCUCCGAGGAGCCGCCGGGUGAGGAGGCCGAGCACACUCGGCUGCAACGGCGAUGGACGACUCACGGAGGCGUCGUGCAGUCACCAGUGUCGGUAUCUAGUCCAGACCCCUUGAUCUCCGAAGGCCCUUCAAGCUCCCGGACCAGGUCGACCAGUAUCAUCCAACGGUUUGUGGUGAAGGGAGAAGGCCACUCGACAGCAAAGUCUACGGACGCGGAAACCAGGAGUCUGCUUGAGCGAGCUAAACGUACUGGUUCGUCGGUGGUCAAGGCCGUCACUAUUCCAGCCUGGCAGUUCUACCGAUUGAUACCAUGGAAUGCCACCUUGAACAAGGCGCCGAGCAACGACGUAGAGCUUGCUCGGCAUUUCAAUCAACGCCCCGUCGUGGCCAUCUGCUUGAAGAGGUACACGAUGACAGAACAGGGUGUUCCUAUCCGGCAAAACACCUUCAUCGAUAUUCCCGACAGUCUUCGCCUCCCUCAUUUCAUGGUCGUUGAUGAUCCGAAGGCGGAAGAACAGAAUCCGAACGGUCUGAGUCAAGGCUACAAGUUAGUUUUGCAGUCGGCGAUCUGCCACCGAGGCGACUCUCUUCACAGUGGACAUUAUGUCGCCUAUGCUCGGGUCGCGCCCAAGCUCCUGACGGACAAUCGGAGACACGACCACGAUCCCCCUCCUGACUACGAAGAAGCACAAUGGGUCAAGUUCGACGACUUGGCCAUUGAAAAGCGGGUCGAAACCGUCGACGAUAUCCAGCAGUGUCUUCGACGGCAAGAGGAAAUGCCAUAUGUGUUGAUCUACCAAAUCGUGCCCAUGGUAGAUGUAACGACUGCAUCAACCGACGGCUCUGUCACCGAGCCGCCGUCGUACCUUGAAUCAGCUACCAACGUUCCCGGAACACCGAGCGUCGGGGCGCCGUCCGACCACGGCGGCACCCUCUCAAAAUCAACUAGCGCUUAUUUUGACUCAGCGACGACUCUGGCUCAUUCUGGCCCGCAUCUCCGCCCCAGUUCCGAGACCGACCGACCGCCACGAUUCAGUUUUGAUGACGACCCGUCCGCUCUGACCAUGAAGGCAAACGUCUCCCGGCGUGCUAGCAUCGCCUUCUCGGAGCCGGUAAUUGCCAAUCCCGUCACAAACACUGAGUCCGUCUCUCCGGCGGUCACCCCUCAGGAAGAGACAGCGGCAGCACGCCUCUCCAGGGCAGCGGCCAAGUUCAAGACAGGCGCCAGCAAAUCUCGGCCCUCGAGCCAGGUCGGAGAGGGCAGAAUCAGCCUUACCAUGUCAAGGUUCGGGUUUGGACGCCAGAGCAGAGAUAGCUCCAACGGCGCGAACGGCGUCUCCAGCUCCGAGACAUCAACCAACGAGCAGGGCCCGACUGUCGAUGGAGAGGAAUCGAAUGGAAAGGACAAGGAGGAGGAGCUCCUCGGGCCCCAUCAACACCACCACCACCAGAAAAAGGACAAGGGAAGGGACAAGGACCGCACCAAGUCCAAGAGCCGCGACAGGGAUGAAAAGAAGGACAAAGACAAAGGGAAGGGCAAAGCAGCCAAGGAGUCUGGCAAAAAUGGCGUCCCAGACCGCGAAUGCGUGGUCAUGUGAGCGGCUGCGCGAACGAGGUCACAGCAUUGUUGGAUUAUCAUUGAGUGGGAAGCAUUUGGUUCUGAGGGUUUCAUUCCAGGACACGGCACGCAUGCUCUCUUUUUCUUUUCAAUUAUCCUCAAACGCUGGCGCAAAGGCUGUUCUGGCUGACACAUCGGGAAACGGGAAGCGCUGGCAAAACAGGAAAGCAUACUGGUUGGA